UUUGCUAUAAGAUAUAACUGAAAAUCUCCCAGUUAAUUUAUGGAAUCAUGCUGGCUUAUCGUCUAUGCAUAAUAUUUUUUUUUGUCUCUUUUAUUUUCGAGAGCAGUGCACAGCUCAAUUCAGUACGGUUUUUUUAGAAAAUCAACCCAGAUAAGUAUUAUAUUUCAAGUUGGAUGCUGGAACUAUCACGGUUUGGGGAAACACGACCGGAAUGACUUUUUGACAUCAAAACUGACCUCUGAGUUUUGACGCAGUCUACCCGUAUUAUCUCCCAUAUUUAUUCCAAGAUAAAUCAAACGAUAUGAAGUGUCUCGGUUCAACUAUUUGUUGCAACAACAUUUUGCCUCUUUCACUGAUGAGCGGACAGUGUCCAACGCGAUUCAGCUGGAAUGGCUCGUUUAAACACCAGUUGGCAAUCUCAAAAACCACAACAAUGCAUUUUUUGUCUAGCGCUAGUAAUCAGUGUUCUUCUCUUAACGAUGGAAACAUUUGUUUGCUCCGUACCCACCGAUCUCCAACAUUCGGAUGUUGAGACGAAUAUCCUUAUUAAUGACUCUCCAAAGAUUAUCACAAAUUUUGAAAUAAUUUACAUCAAUACCAUGGCGAGUCUUUUGGAAGGGAUCAACAAUUUGGCCAUAGUGCCAGAUAAGGAUACAGCUUUAUUGAAUAAUCACAGGAAGCGACGCAACAGUGAUAGCGAAUCAUUUCCGUUUGAAGCUCCCGAAAGUUGCACGCUAUCGGAAACCGAACUCGAUCAGAUUCUUGGUCUCUUUCAAAAGUUCACAAAAGUGGACAAGAAUUUUUGCAACGUGCAAAAUGUUGAACGCCCAAAACAAAUUGGACCUGCGACGACAGACGCAGCUCCUUCGAAAUCAACCGAUAGUAAGGUUACACCCGUUGUUAAUCCGGUAAAAACAACCGUGAAAUCACCAGCGAGUUCGUCAAAAACGGUGGCUAGUCGUCCGACAUCCACUAAUUCGACGAAGACAAUAAGUAACCCGACAAGCAAUUCGAAAUUGAUCAGCAGCGCGUCCAAGUCAACCGUAAAUUCGACAAAAGUGGCCGCUAGUCCAAAGACCGGCGUUAAAUCAACUGGGGUGGUCAGUCCGACAAAGUCAGCGACUAACUCAACAAAACCAAAAAUCAGUUCCAUUAAAUCGGCGGCUAAUGUGGUCCAAUUGGCCGUAAGUUCCACGAAAUCCACAGCACGUAAUUCAACGAAACCGAUAGUUAAUCCGAAUAAAAAUUCGACCGAAACAGCCGCCACUAACUCGACUGCACCUUUGUUAACCAGAAGAAAACGGUCACUGCCAACAAAAUCGGGAGGAGGAUGCAAUAAGCUUAUUGAAUCAAUCCAGUUAAGCACAAGCAGUGUCAGGAGCGCCUACUGUGAUCUGUCAAAUACCGAGGAGUUGGAUCCUCGUUUCAAUGAGAAGAAAGCAGCUUACGAGACCGAGGUUGCCCAACUGAGGGAGAAACUGGACAACAAAGACCUCCAAAUCGAGCAGAAGUACAAAACCAAGAUUGAACAAUUGAAUCAAGAUUUUCAAAAGCUGGAAAAGAACAUGCGCGACACUUUGGAGAAAUUAGAAUCCGUUGACAACUUAUACAGGAGAGCCCAAGCAAAAGUCGUAAUUGCAAGUUUGAAAUCCGGUGAUAUCAAAGAAGCUUUGGAAGAGUUUGAAAAAAUAGAGUCGCUAAACAAUACGAUAAUACUUAUCACGAUUGCUCUCCAAGACGAAUUUCGCAUUCCAAUAGAAAACGUCAUCAACUUUGCUCGGGGAAUGAAAGAGCUCGAAGCCGUGGUUCACGGCACAAUACAUAUUUUCUACGAAUUGGAAAAGAAACAAGGUUUUAUUGAGAAAAAAGUAGUUUCCCUAUUAAAAGAAACGGUUGAGGGAAUUAUGAAACAAUUGGUAGAACGGGAACAAAAAGGUAAUCUGGCCAGCAAUAUCGAUCGGGCUACGGUUGGUCAAUUGGUUCUUCUUUUUAACAAACUUGAUUAUUUGUUAGUUUCCCCUUUUAAAUACAACUGAUGACAUUGCUGUUGA